ACAUUCGGGCUUUUAAAAGAAUAUCCAUCCAUGUCCUCCAUCUCCCGUGCACCAAUCUCUCUCUCUCUCCCUCUCUCUCGCUCAAGCCUAAAACAUUGCGAAAAUGGGAUCAAUUCCUGGUCUUGCUGACGAAAAACACAGCAGCAGCAGCAGCAAGAGCAAGAGAUCAUCUUGCUCAUCUUCCCUCAAAUCGAGCUCCUCCUCCUCCUCCACACGCUCGUCUUCUUCUUCUUCACUGUUGCUCUCGUCAUCAUCCCCAACUUCUACCGGUCCUCCGUCUUCCUUAAGAUCCAUGGACGACCUCUGGCAAGACAUCAACUUGUCCUCCCUCUGCCCGCCAGCCGCCACCUCCUCCUCUGCCGUCCACGGCGACGCAAACCUCCAGGACUUCUUGGGUGGUGGUCGGGGUGGUGGUGGACCCUUCAACGAGGACCCAACACCAAGUUCGAGAAAAAAUGCGUAUGACCCUGACCCUUCAUCGUCCAGCUGGCGAUUGGCCCCCGGGUCGGGUCUUCAGAACAGGGAAAAGGGGGCUCGGGUCGGGGCCACUUCUCGGGCCCGUAGUCAUCGUGCCAGCGGGGGAGUAUCUCCAGCGUGUAAUGUCUGUACCACGAAGACGCCGUCCGACGCGCAUGUCAAGCCCCCUGCGCCGGCGACAGUCCCUCCACCAUUAAAGAGGAAGAGUUCGAUGGAGAACAACGGCGAAUCGAGUGACCGGCGAUUCCAGCGGUUGAUGAAGAACCGCGAGUCGGCAGAACGUUCCCGAGCCAGAAAACAGGCUUACAUGAUGGAGUUGGAGAUUGAAGUUGAGCGUUUGCAUGAAGAGAAUGAUAGACUCAGAAGAGAACAAAAUCAGUUCUUGGCAGCAGCAGCAGCUGCUCAGCUUCCCAAAAAGCAAUCUCUCCGAAGAACGCUCACAUCCCCAUUUUAGUAAGCACAAGCAAAAAGCCUAACCGCGCGUUGGACAAUAAAAGAGAACAAGAGAAAUCCAACACGAUUCAGACUAGCCGGGGGCCUGCUGGUUCUGACAGGUCCUCAGGCACAGAGAGAGAGAGAGAUGCUUUCUUGUUUUCUGUUGUUUUGAAUAUGAUAAAAAGAGUGUAUAUACCUCGCACGGUGUCGCCUUUUCUCCUUAAAGAGAGGGGAUAAGGUGGGGUGAUGGUGGUGGGAGGAAGAUAAAGAUGGAUGCAUGGAGGGACCAUCUUUGCUUGGCUAUAUGAACGAGUGCUGUACAGGGACGUGAAACAACCAUGUCACUUCUCAUUUUUUUACCUUAUUUGCCUCUAUCUCCCUCGACCUAUCUUCCUCCUUUGCCCUUACAAGAGCAC